AUGAGUCAACAGCAAUGGCCUGCGCCAACCAGGUCGCCUGGUGGAGGAGGUUCGGUGAGAAGAGCCAGAGAGAUGGCCGAAGCCGGGCUCACACCACAGAUGCCUUCACAAAUACCACGCGCUCCGCCUCAGAGACCUUAUGAUCAAUCGAGAGUGGCUCCCAAUGCGCCAACACCUCGAAUGCGACCUCCAAUGCCCCCAGCGUUGGUCUCGACAAAAAGUGGUCAAGGCCCAAUUGGGGUUGCGAUAUCACGACCAACCCAGGUUCCACAAUGGCCGCUGGCGGCGACCAUUGAAGGGGGACCAGAUCCCCAGUAUCAACCUCCUCCGGGUCGAGGUGUGCCACCACAACGACCGCCACGACCCAGCCACGUACCGUCUAUGCUUGAUGCUUCACGAUUACAAGAUCCUACGCCUUCCUUUCAGUACAUACCACAACAAGGACAGAACAGAGGGUACGAGGAGGAUGAUGUUAUCUCACCGAUUGUUGCUUCUCCCAUGACACAGUCAUCCCGACCUUCGACGUUAUCAUCUGUUGGAUCAAUUCCCGAUUUUCCUGUACCAAUGCCGAAUUCUGGUCCACCCCGAAGGAGUGCCAACCUCGGACCUCCGCCGUCAUCACGACGUGGCGCAUCAUCAUAUUACUCGCAGGCUUCGUUUGUGUCACCAAUCCCAGAAGAGAGUCCCCGAACGGUCCCUUCGCAUCAAUCUUAUGCGUCGAGUGCUGCGAUGCCAACGAGUUGGGGAUCGGAUUCGCCACGAUAUGAUGAGGAUGAUUAUGAGGACGAGGAGGUGUAUGAUGGAGACAGUCCAGACUUCAGGAGGGUGGAGAGAGGAUUCGGUUCCCCAAUCGAGGAGGGUCGUGAAUCGAGGGAGUCGAAUGGGGAUGAUAGUGACGAUCGAGGAUUAAUACGAAGCGCGAGUUUUGGACGACGCGCAAAACCUUCGAUGAUAACGACCAGGAGUUCAGACAAAGUUGAGCCAGCGGUGCGACCGCAAGUAGUGCCUCAGCAAAUGUCGAAACUAGAGAAGAUGGGAGUUAUCGCAGGUGUAGGAGGUCCGACAACAGGUCUUGUAGCUUCAAAGAAUGGCGAGAAUGGACAACGGGAGACGGUGUGGCCCAUCAUUGGAAAUGUCAACUCACCGCUCGCCACGGGAACCGGUUUUAUAGACAAGUCGUCUACGUCGUCGGAAGAGACCGUGCCAACGAUUGCGAGAGCUGUAACGACAAACGAAGCUGCUCCUGCAUAUGUUGCUAACCGUUCGGAUCCCAAGGCCGCCGAGAUGCUUGGAGCUUAUAAUGCGGCGAGUGCACUGCAACCUGGACCAUCGCCCACUCGAACACCUAGUCCUGGCUUCAGCAGAUUGUCUGCGAUUCGAAGACCGCCUCGUCUGGACAUGGAUGCUGUUCGUGAUGCGGAGGCGAGAGGAAGUUUGACGAGUUUACCGGAUCUGAUCAGACGAGCAACGAGGUUAGCAGCAAUGAUGGAUCGAGGGAAGAGGCCAGCGAGUCGAAUGGCAUUGAACGAUUGGCCAAGUGACAAUGACCUGGCCAAAGACAAGGAAAUCGGCUUAUCUGAGGACGAGAAGCACAAAUCUGGUCUCUCGGGUAUGCUGGCCGCUUUCCCACCACCCGGUGUCGCAACCCCCGUCCGAGGUGGAACUCCCGUUCGCCCAGUAUCAUCAUGGCCCUCACCCUACGACCCAUCAGCAGGCGUAGGCCAAGAUUCAGGAAGAUCGAAGAAGAAGCGUCGCUGCUGCGGCUUACCGUGCUGGGGAUUUCUAAUCGUGCUCCUAAUCCUCCUAAUAAUCAUCGCCGCAGCCGUGGUCGUCCCCCUCGAACUCCUCGUCUUCCAUAAACCCAAAUCGACGUCCGCCGCAACGGCUACGACCUCCGCUCUCCAGCAAUGCGAAGCGAAUACCGCGACGGCGUGCAAGAAUGGCGGCACCUCAGUCAUCGAUGAUGGGUCCUGCGCUUGUAUUUGUACGAACGGCUUCACGGGCACCACUUGCACGACCGCCAAUGCGACAGGCUGUACGACAACCUCGCUCUCCGGCUCGAAUCUCACAAACGUCACACUAGGCGACGCCAUAACACGCCUCAUUUCCGACGCUCAAUCUAAUUUCUCCAUCCCGUUGUCGGAAAGCACCAUCAUCGCACGUUUCAAUAACGCAAAUCUGACCUGCGCGUCGGAGAAUGCGUUGGUGACGUUCCAGGGCUCGGCGAUGAGGAGGAGAGGUGAUACGACGAGUAGUGCGGCGUGGUCGAUUGCUACUUCUGAUGGGAUUAUCUACGAUUCUUCGUCAUCUUAUUACCACCCUUCUUCUACCUCCUCACCUUCUUCCUCCUCUACCACCACCACAUCUUCCUCCGCGUCGACAACGACCACGAACCCAACAGAUGUGUUCAACAUCACCACCACGGUCCUCGAUUUCUCCAGAGUGGCGGUCCUGUAUAUCCUCCAGCAGGAACAACUCAACGCAGCGAUAACCGCCCAAUCAGCGCUCCAGAAAUUCUUCGAGGUGCAAGCCUUUACUAAUAUGGCAGCUCGAAACAUCAGUUUGGGGAACGGGAAUGUGGUUGAUUUGAUUAGUCUUACGGUGAACGUGGGUAAUGGGACCGUGGGCGGGAUGGGGAAUUCGAGCUCGAGCUCGAGUACAGGGAGUAAGAAGAGGUGGGAAGGGAGGGAGGAGGCGCAGUUACCGAGGCGGAGGAUCGAGCUUUAUGGGGGGUUGUAG